AGGGGGUCCAGAUUUUGCUGCUGCUUGCUAGAGUCUUUGUCUCGGGCGUUUCAGAUCUUCUAUCAUUGUUUUCCUACGAAUUGUAGAGUACUCAUACGAAAGAUAGGAGUCCAUCAAGGAUAGCAUACCAGGAUAACAUAUCAGAUUAGAACAUCAUAUGCAAAAUUUAAUCACCUCGAGACACCUGUAUUAACUACAUACCAUAUCAUACCAAGUACAAACGCAUAACCGAGUACUACUCAACACAAUAUAAUUUGUUCAUCACUUUCAGUUAUCAUAAGCCUAAAGAGCAAGUACAACGUACAACUUACAACACAGUCAUCAACAGAAGAACUCAAGAAAAGUAGAAUCAUACUGAAUUUUCAUAUUCAAUAGUCUUGAACACUUUCACCAAUAUUCGCUAACUUCACAAAUCUACAAGAAUCGAAACUUCUGACCAUCAUAUUAUUGGUGUUAAGCUAUCAUUGAUUAUCAGAACAAAGCUAUAUCACCAGUGUUUCAGUACCAGUGCAUCACUGAAAUGAACACUCUUCGAGAGAACAGCAACACUUCCAACAUCUCUCCGCACAAAGAAUCACCCACCAUGUCUGCUCCCACAGUCACAACCAGACCCAAAGCUGCGUUGAAGAAGGAAGAGCUCGAGAAGAUUGCCAAACAAUUGAAGAAAAAGCUUUCCAAAGCAUCCAUCGCGGCAAAACAGUCACUUUCGCCCACUGAUGUCAAGACAUCGACGUCGAUGCCUCGUUCAAGCCCGCUAAAGAGUUAUCUGCUUAAGAAACAGUACUCUGGCAGCGCCAUAAACAACUUGAGCUCAUCUCCGAACACGCUUUGUUCUCCUACAGGAAAAUCACCUACCCAUUUGAAUACUCCUGCCGCCAUCUACUUGCUGUCGUCACCAUUAAGAAACAUGGCAGCAGACUCUACCGAAAACGACGAGUCGCUAGACUCGCCUACCAAGAGAAGGAAGACGUCACCACGCAUGGACUCCAAGGGUCCCCAUAUGGUUUUGGAAGAGAUCCAAAGACCAAACACGCCCUCAGGCUCGUUACAGAGCUCGUUGAAGCCAUCUCUAGAGCUCACGGCCGCUGAUGCUGAAAAGAACAAAAAGAAAGAACAACCUACAACAACGCCGACAUUGGCAAAGCGAGAACUUCACGGCUCUCCACCUUCUUCAGCCAACAUUCUAUUGCAAACACCAAAGCAAUCACGUGCAAACACCAAUGGAGGAGCCUACAACGACGAAGAAGGUGCUGACUUACUUAUGUACUUGGCUACAUCUCCUUCUCCAGCCAAGCCGUACUUUUCCAAUAGUGCGAGACCUAUACAUGGCAGCAGUCAAAUUCAUCCUACAUCAUCCUCAGUGCCAAAUUCCUCAGGUUCCCUCUCUCUAACACAUAAACCUACAAUGUCGGCGGGUUCUUCCAGCUCUUUCAUAUUACCACCACCAGUGACACCAAAAAGACACUCCACCAUCAACUCGAAAACUCCACAGAAUAGAUUGACUCCCUCAAUGAAUCUCUUCAACAACUUGAACGGAAAUACAGGCUUACCGUCGUCUGGCUUGACUCUCACACCCACUGGAUUCAACAUGAACGACUACGUAAACUUCUUUACGCCUUCACCAGGCGGCACUGGUUUGAACAAGAACUUGUUGCGUACUCCAGACUUCAACAAUUUGCUCAAUGGCCAGCCAAACACAACCGUAGAAGCCAGUGGUGGGGUGAACGGAAGACCAAAGGUCGACGGCAAGAUGUUGAAUUUCAACAAGGUUUUGUUCAGUAGCUCAGCCAACGGCCCAGAAGGAAAUGCCAAAGAAUGAGGCCAUAGUCAUAGACCUGCCAUUCGUCAUUGUACCAUAGUCAACAAUUUAAUUUCGAAAGUCUAAAAUGUAAAAAGUUCUCAAGCAAUAGUCUUUUGGAUCAUAUUGACAUUUGGCUGAUUGUCGUUUUUUGAUUGUUUUGUUUGUUGUUUGCUUUUGUGGUUGUGGAUUGUUAUCAUUGUAUGGUUCAUUCUUUUUGUAUUCCCAUCUGUUUGGGAUGUCUGAAAGUUGUUGCGAGCUUGCCUAGGAUGCUUUUCGCAGCUGUUUUCUCUGUCUGUCAAUCCAAGUCAGACCCUUAAUUCGUUUUCAUUUCUGGAUCAUAAACCCUGCAAUAGCACCAUUUGUAAUUUGUCGUUCUUUGCUUUACUUCAUCAUAUAUCGUAUUAUAGUUCAUAGAUUGGCCAAGCUGUAGUACUUAUCAUAAGGAAAUGAAGACGGGAUGGUUGUGAUGUCGUUUUCGCGAAGAUGGAUCCUCGCAAUCAAUUGUGGUGGAGAAUUCUGAGCUUAUACACUAUUAGGUCACAUUCAGAGCUCUAUACUC